AGAUGUGGGAUUGUGGGGGGAUUCGGGGAUCCCCCCCACUCAACCCCAUUUUGUACGUCAGGUGAAGUCUGUCAACUGCAUAGGAAUUAUUGCAUCAGGCUGGGAGAUGUACGAAGGGGAGGAGGGGUUUGCUUUAAAUUCUCUCCUUUAAUAACAAAGUCCCGCCUCGCAAGUUUUCAGCGACUCUUUUUCCCUAUUCAGAGCACCCCCGGCCAAAGCAAUGGCAUCUCCUACCCUGACGUCAAAGAGCAGAUGACAAGCGAGAUUAGACUUUUUUCAUUUCUCUUAUUGCAGCAAUUAGGACUGUAUAAAGGGGUUCGGGGAAGGAGGCAGAGAGGAGACAGAAGAGAGAUAAAGAGAUAUAAAGAGAAAGCAGCUGAGGCGGGACAUGGGCACAGGCUAUUGCUGAGGGAGAGCAGAGGAGGAGGAGGAGGAGGGGGAGUGCUGGUAACUUUUCCUACACCUGGUGCUGCAGACUUGCUGGGAAAGAUCUUUUUUUUCUAGGACUGACAAGAAAUAAAGAAAACUGCAGAAAGUUUCAGUGGCCCAACACUGUCAGGCUGGCGAUUAGUCGCACACACACACACACACCUGCUUCUUUUCCCUGUAGCAACAUCCAUUCCCAGACACUACUCCCCCCGCACCUUCACUUCAACUUCUCUGCGCUCUCAGUGAGACACCCGCGGAUUUAUUUUGUCUCUGUCAGUAACACGCAGGUAGAGAGAGAAAACAAGCGGGGGGAUAAGAAGCAGGGGGAGCCCACGCCACCAUUAUGGGACUGCUGAGUGUGGACUUGCUGAUCACCCUGCAGAUCUUGCCAGGUUUCUUCUCAAACUGCCUGUUCCUCGCUCUGUACGACUCUGUAGUGUUAGUAAAACACGUGCUUCUACAACUCAACCGCUCCAAGUCCAGUCAGAGUCAAUGGCGCCGAAUGCUCACUCCUGAAGGGCUGCGCUGUGUGUGGAACAGCUUCCUAUUGGAUGCCUACAAACAGGUCAAGCUGGGACAAGAUGCUCCAAAUUCCAAUGUUAUUCAAGUGUCGAACAGAAAUACUAAAAGUGCACAACGAAAAGUUUCAGGAAAAUGCCAUCUUUUAGACUUUGCCAGCUCUGAGCGUCCACUUGUUGUCAAUUUUGGAUCAGCUACCUGACCUCCAUUCAUAAGCCAGCUGCCAGCCUUCAGCAAACUGGUGGAAGAGUUCUCUAGUGUUGCCAACUUCGUGUUGGUGUACAUUGAUGAGGCACAUCCAUCCGAUGGCUGGGCUGCCCCUGGCACAACAUCCUAUGAAGUGAAGAAACACAGAAACCAAGAAGAACGCUGUGCAGCUGCCAGCAAGCUUUUAGAAUAUUUCUCAAUCCCCCCACAAUGCCAAGUUGUUGCUGACUGCAUGGACAAUAAUGCCAAUGUUGCCUAUGGUGUCUCUUUUGAGAGAGUGUGUAUUGUACAGAGGCAAAAGAUUGUAUAUCUGGGAGGCAAAGGGCCAUUCUUUUAUAACAUCCAGGAAAUCCGCAGGUGGCUGGAACUUAGCUUUGGAAAGAGAUGAACAUAGAUACAGUGCCACCAGUUGGUAGAAACUUCUGCCAAUAUUUACGUAUAUGCUUUGAACAGUUAUAGAAACUGGGAAAAAAACCUAAAAUGGAAAUACUGACAAAAGAAAGACUACAAAUCACGCAAAGUUUACUGCAGGACUUCUAAAUCCAGAAGUGUGAAAUACAUUUCUUCCUAAUAUCAGAACCCAAGCCGUUCUGACACAUAUCUGUUCCAAGUGCAGAACCCACCGGAAUAAAAAGCAUCAGAAGACAGAAAGUACAAAUGAUAAUAGAAAUUGAAAAUCAGCAUGAAAGGAAAACGCUUAACACAAUUAUACAAAAAAAAAUGUAUACAUUGUACCUGACAGAUAUUGAAAAAUCCAAGGAGUCAAUUGGUCUGUGUCCAUGGGAAAAAGUUGUGUUGCAGACCUAGAAGAAAUCCUACGUAUUUAUUGCUAAUUUUUCUGGUUUUCUGUUUUUGCUCAUGUUACUUUUUUUACAUAAUUUAUUGUUACCAUAAUUCUACAAUACAUUCAGUGCUGAGGAUUUAGAAAGUAAACAGUUACCUCAAAAGGAGAACAGCUACAAAAAGCAAGAAAUGCUCUGUGCUCCCCAGGGAGAAAUAUUUUGCUGAUUUGGGGAAAAGGAUAGAAAUAAAGUAUUGUUUCAGGUAUUAUAAUGUUACACCCAUAUAAACUCAAACACAGCCAAAAAUAGUGCCCUGUGUGUAAUAAUUACGCAUAAGCUUCAUGCUCAUAUCUGAAGCUGAAUAACAGGAAUUCAUUUUUCUUUAAAUGUAAAUAAUUAAUGCCUAUCUGAGUCUGGCAACAUGCUUACUUUACAUUUUGAAACUGAAAUUCUACAGACCAGAGGUUUUUAGGGGGGGUUAAGUAUUCCCCUUUUGUAUGAUACAAUUUUUAGUCUCGUCCUAGGUCUAAAUAGGUCUCUUCCUAAGCUGAAUACUUGUAUCAAGAUCUAUAAGUUACACAAGAACAUAAAGUUACCGCACGUCACUAAACAGGAUUCAAUUAAUAGGAUUCAGCCACAGAAUGAACUAAUACACCCAAUUCAUUAAUACAGCCAGUUCAGUGUAAGAAAAAAAAAUGAAAUUAACAGUAAUUACAGACAGAGAUACUCUGUCCCAUAUGUGCCUUAGUGUCAAGUUUAAUGAGCAUUGGUGUUUUACCAAGCCAUCCGAUCCAAAUGACUGUCCAGGCUGAUCACAUUGCACUUCCAUAUAAUACUGUUAUAAAACUCGCCUACUUGGGAACAUUUGCACAUGUAGGAGCAUAUUUAUAAAGGUGUAUUAAAAAAGGAAUGAAAACACCACCAAAUAGCACUACCUUAAGGCUAUGGUAUGCAUUGUAGAUUAUAAAGUUGUCUACUGAUUUUACAUGAAUGUAUAGCUGAGUGGUUUAACAUUAUGGCAAGAAACAUUUUACUGUUUUUCACAAAUUCUUUGCCUCUUGAAUUUGCCCCACUGACUUGAACUGACCACCCCAUGUCUAGAGUGGUGUUAAAAUAAUGGCAAAAUCCACUGUGUUAGUCUUGAAUUUACCUUGAAAAUUCACACAUUUAAAAGGCUUAAUUCACAAUUAGUAAGUAUGCAAUUCAUUCUACAACAAUGUUUACACUUUUUUGUGUAAAUUAUCUGACACACCUUUAGACAAAUGCCCUCUAGAGUAUUAUUAUUAAAGGAACAGUAACACCAAAAAAAGUGUUUUAAAAUAAUGAAAAUAUCAUGUAGUGUUGCCCUGCAAUGGUAAAACUGAUGUGUUUGCUUCAGAAACACUACUAUAGUUCAUAUAAUCAAGCUGCUGAGUAGCAAUGGUGGAAAUUGAAAAACUGCUAUAUGGCACAGGAUAAAUAAUGGAUAACAGAUGGCAUUAUGUUCUACAGAGCUUAUCUGCUAUCUGCUGUGUAACCUGAGCCUUUUCUCCUUUGAAUGGCUGCCCCCAUGACUACACAGCAGCUUAUUUAUAUAAACAAUGGUAGUGUUUCUGAAGCAAACACACCAGUUUUACUAGUGCAGGGCAACACUGCAUUAUAUUUUUAUUACUUUAAAACAAUUUCAUUUUUUGAUGUUACUGGUCCUUUAAUAUUAUAAGUGAGUGCAAUCUGUACAAGGUCCUGUUGGCUGAAGUGGAGAAACACUUUCUUAAAUGAGCAAAAGUGUUAGAAAACUGUGGUAAAAUAACAUAAUAAUGAAAUUGCUGGAAAUAAUUAGGAGUUUGCAUUUUAGCAGCAGAAAACAAUGCAUUUCACAAUGUUAUAUUCUUCAUUAGGCAAUUAUUCUGUUGCACACUGUGCCUUUUUUAAGACCAAAUUAAGGGUGACAUAUUUUUUUCCAUAACAAUAAAUUUUGGUUGGGUAGAUCAAAGAAACUAAGCCUGCAUUAGCCAAUCAGGAUGCAAGCUUUGCUGCAUAUAUUUUUUUGGAGAAUAGAUUCUUUUCAAGGAAGAAGGCAUGUAAUAAACCCUUCCCACCAAUAUCUGGUCAUGUUUAAGGGCCAUAAAACAAACAAAGGUUAAAAUGUGCAGACUUUUUACUGUGACUAGGCUCAUCCAGCCUUCUAAGAGGUUGUAUGAUUUGCAAUGCGUACUGUAUAGACAUCCUAUUGUACUGUAGCAUAUGUACUGUACAUGUCUAGUUCUUAUUUACAGAAUUUUGUAUAACUUUAGAUACUACACGCAACCCUUCAUUAUAGCAAAAACUGGUAAAUCACCACUGUGCCUCUUUACUGAAAGACCCCCCCACACAUAUUUGGUAGUGAUUCAGUAACUUUCUUCAGUACCUCUCAGGCAAUGAUGAUAAGGCUACACAUGAAUAUUCACUGUACCACAAAGUGCAGAAUUUGUACUUCUACAAAUAGAAUUUUUUAUGUCCAACUUUUUAUGUUAUUGACAUAUCCUUUAUUUUAUAUCUCCAUGUUUUACAUAUAUAUCGUACAAGUACUUUUUCUUAAGCACCACCAGCAAUCUGACACAACCACACCAGCAGUUGCCUAAGAGAAAGGCUUAUUCAUCUAAGAUGGCCACUACUUCUGUGCUCUCUCAACAACAUAGCUGCACACCACGGUUCUUGACUUCUGGAUCCAUUAUCUCUCUUGCCCUGUGAAAUUGUUCAGCAAGUAGGCAGGCCUCUAAAACAUUCCACCCUGCCAUUCAGGUAUAUAUUGCUUUUGCCCCAAAUAGCUUGAAGCAUUUGUUAUGAUUCAAAUGUAGCUAAUGGACUGAGAUCAUCUUUGCUCAGUCAAAUAUAUCUAGUAAACUUGAUUAGCUAUCUCUGAGUACCAUAGCUGAGAAUGACAGCCUCACGUUUCCUCAUGAGGCAACUUCGGGCGACUUCGGAAAAUGAAGCAUUCCAUCCCGCCAGUAAUUUUCAUUCUAGUCAGUGGGAAGGCUAAAUCUGUCCAUGUGUCUACCCAUAAGAGGAAUAGCCCAGAAGGAAAGCAUGAGAGUGGUGGAAAGCCAUGGAUGCAACAGAAUACAAGCUUCAGAGAGACAACUUCAAAUGGUGACCUGUAGAAAAAUGAAGCAGUAAUCUGUAAAAGCUUAUACUUCUCAUUAAUGAGGCAACAUUAUCAGAGUUGUAGCUACAGAAAGCCAACUCUAACGGUGGAGCUGCAGAGUUUGAUUGGCUGAUAGUGGAGGUUCUGACGUAGAAAUGAAGGGCUCCAAUGAAAGAGACUCAUACUCGAUUGGUACCUGGAAGAUGUUACGUCAGAGUCAACAACUGCUCAGCACUUCAUGCUCAUGAUCAUUGCUCACCACAGAACAACCUCUCUGCUUCAUUCAAUUUCACACAACUUUGACAAUACCUUAAAAAUCCUGAUCAAACACCAAAUGGUGCUUUAAUGUGUAUCUGUCGGCAAAUGUCUUAUUGUAUUUUAAUAGAAACUCAUAAAAUAAACUCUACGUGUUUUU